AUGUUGUCCCACAGGAAGAGCUCGCAAAAGCUGCCGGAUCAGCUCAUCGGCCGUUUCCAGCAGUUGUAUGGAAAGUCCAAGCUUGAAAUGCAAAGCGAUAUCACUCAGCAAAAUCCAGCUAUCAAGAGACGCAACAUGGCGACUCCUUCAGAAAGGCAAGCUGCAGUCUCGCCAAUUGAAAGCGCCCAAGCUUAUCCUUUCUAG